AUGAAGGAACUUUCCCAACCACCGCAUCAAAUCCUCGGUGUCAGACGCGAUGCGUCGCGCGAAGAGGUCAAGAGAAGGUACCACCAACUCGCACGGCAAUAUCACCCAGACAAGAAUAUCCAUCGGCAGGUAUGGGCAGAUAUAAUGUUCAAAGAGCUUAAACAAGCGUACGAGAUCAUGACGGACCACACCGAGUACCAAAAGUAUAUGAAAAGGUUCGGGAAGCCGAAGCGGAAUUCGCCCAAUGACAGUCCUUCAGGAGGAUAUGCUAGCUUCGAGAUCUGGGAGGAUGCUCCUUCCGAGGCGUACAGGAGUACACCCGAUGAUUUCACCGUUCAUCGUGGCAAAAGGAUGAAAAAGACCCGGGCGGGAUGGAUGGAGUGCCCUGACAAUACUGAGAGUAACGCGCCAUCUAAGAGCCCGCCUUUCGUGCCACAUCGCGACACUAAUGUGCCGCUAACACUGGAACGAGCAACAGAGAGGAUCCUUUCCAUAUCCAGUGGCUGGGACUGCGGCAUCUCCGUGCUCGAGUCUCUCUACGCCGAGCCAGAAGUUUCACUACUGCCGUCCCUGAAAGCAGCGAAGGCCCGGACAUUGGCACUGAUGUAUUCGUUGCAGCGUUUAAAACCCCAGUCGAAUGAACCCCGAGGCGGACGGCACGCCGGCAUGUGGGAGGCAACAGCUCUAGAGCUUGAUUCAAUCAAUGAACUAAAUGACUUCCUGGAGAAGUACCGGCAGCGUCUCGAAGAGAUAUUCGCGGCUGUCUGUCCACGGUGUCGUGCAAAACGCGAGGGCGAGAGCUUACGGUGGUCGCAAGAACAUCGGGAGAUGCUGCCCGGGUUGAUUUCGAGUUUUGAAGUCGAAGUCGAAGCACAGAUUCAGAGAUGUUCGGCGGCGCUACCCUUGAUCUUGGACUGA